UCCAAUUUAUUUCUUUUCCCCGAACGUCCGAUCCAAUUUGACCAGAGUUAGCGUAUUUUUCAAUCGACGCACCCUUGUCCCUGCUCCAAUUUCACUGCCUGGGGAAAACUCGAAAUCCAGCAAUCAGAACUAACCGACUUAUUGAUUUAUACUCCAGAGAGAGAGAGAGAGAGAGAGAGAGAGAGAGGGGUCAGAUCUGGAUAGUUGUCACUUGGUUCGCUGCAAUUUGGGCGCCGCUGGGAUUGAUUGAACAUGGAGUACAUAGCCAACUUGCCGGAAAUGGAUCUCAUGCGCUCGGAGAAGAUGGCUCUCGUUCAGCUCAUAAUCCCCGUCGAGUCUGCUCACCGAGCCAUUAGUUACUUAGGCCAACUCGGCCUUCUCCAAUUCAAAGACUUAAAUGCUGACAAAAGUCCCUUCCAACGGACAUUUGUUAAUCAGGUAAAAAGGUGUGCAGAGAUGUCACGAAAGCUUUGUUUUUUCAAAGAUCAAAUACAUAAAGCUGGGCUAAUCUCUUCUGCUCAUCCUGAUUUGCAACCAGACAUGGAGUUGGAAGAAUUAGAGAUGCGACUUGCUGAGCAUGAACAUGAAUUAAUUGAAAUGAACAAUAAUAGUGAGAAACUACGGCACAUGUACAAUGAGCUGCUGGAGUUCAAGUUGGUAUUGCAGAAGGCAACUGCUUUCCUUGUCUCAAGUAAGAGUCAUGCAGCUGCAGAGGAAAGAGAGUUGGAGGAUCAUGUGUAUUCUAAUCAUGAUUAUGGAGAUACAACAUCUCUACUUGAACAGGGGAUGCAAGCCGGCCCAUCAAAUCAGUAUGGUGUAAGAUUUAUUAGUGGCAUUAUCUGUAAAUCAAAAGUUUUUAGGUUUGAGCGGAUGUUGUUUCGUGCUACAAGGGGCAACAUGCUUUUCAAUCAGGCACCAGCUGAUGAACAAAUCUUGGAUCCUGUAUCAGCUGAAAUGGUUGAGAAAAUGGUAUUUGUAGUGUUCUUCUCUGGGGAGCAGGCAAAAGCAAAAAUAUUGAAAAUUUGUGAAGCAUAUGGUGCAAAUUGCUAUCCUAUACCUGAAGAUAUCACGAAACAGAGGCAACUAGCUCGAGAAGUUUUGUCACGUCUCUCCGAAUUGGAAUCCACAUUGGAUGCUGGAAUUCGUCACCGAAAUAAGGCGCUUAACUCUAUUGAAAAUCAGCUAACAAAAUGGAUGAACAUGGUUAGAAGGGAGAAAGCUGUGUAUGAUACAUUGAAUAUGCUGAAUUUUGACAUCACAAAAAAAUGUCUUGUUGGAGAGGGCUGGUGUCCAAUAUUUGCAAAAACUCAGAUUCAGGAAGCACUGCAAAGGGCAACAUUUGAUAGCAGUUCUCAAGUGGGUGUAAUAUUUCAUGCAAUGGAUGCUGUUGAAUCGCCUCCAACAUACUUCAGGACGAACCGUUUUACAAAUGCAUUUCAAGAAAUUGUAGAUGCAUAUGGUGUUGCUAGAUAUCGGGAAGCAAAUCCUGCAGUGUACACUGUUAUCACUUUCCCAUUUCUUUUUGCUGUCAUGUUUGGGGACUGGGGUCAUGGAAUAUGCUUGUUGUUGGGAGCUUUAUUCCUUAUAGCACGUGAAAAUAAGCUUAGUUCUCAGAAACUUGGAAGUUUUAUGGAGAUGCUAUUUGGUGGCCGCUAUGUGCUCCUUUUGAUGUCGCUGUUUUCAAUUUAUUGCGGGCUAAUUUACAACGAGUUCUUUUCUGUUCCUUAUCAUAUAUUUGGUGGAUCAGCUUACAAAUGUCAAGAUGCUACAUGCAGUGAUGCAAAGUCUACUGGUUUAGUCAAAUUCCGUGAUCCAUAUCCAUUUGGUGUCGAUCCCAGCUGGCGUGGAAGUCGUUCAGAGCUUCCUUUCUUGAACUCUCUCAAAAUGAAGAUGUCUAUUUUGCUGGGUGUCACCCAAAUGAACCUAGGCAUUAUAUUAAGCUAUUUCAAUGCUCACUUCUUUGGCAAUUCACUUGAUAUUAGGCAUCAGUUUGUGCCACAGAUGAUCUUCCUGAACAGCCUUUUUGGGUAUCUGUCGCUUCUGAUUGUCAUCAAGUGGUGCUCUGGAUCUCAAGCUGAUCUUUAUCAUGUAAUGAUUUACAUGUUUCUGAGUCCUUUUGAAGAUCUUGGCGAGAAUAAGUUAUUUUGGGGCCAGACAGUACUUCAGGUUAUUUUGUUGCUUUUGGCAGUUAUUGCAGUUCCAUGGAUGCUUUUUCCAAAACCAUUUAUUUUGAAGAAACGUCAUUCUGAGAGAUUUCAGGGGCGUACGUAUAGGAUCCUUGGAACAUCAGAUAUGGAUCAUGACAUGGAACCUAACCCUGAAAGGUUACAUCAUGAUGAAUUCGAUUUUAGUGAGGUCUUUGUCCAUCAAAUGAUACAUUCUAUCGAGUUUAUUCUUGGUGCUGUUUCCAAUACUGCAUCAUAUCUCCGCCUUUGGGCUUUAAGCUUGGCGCAUUCUGAGUUGUCAACUGUCUUCUAUGAGAAAGUCCUCCUCCUUGCCUGGGGGUAUGACAAUAUCAUCAUCCGGCUGGUGGGACUCGCAGUUUUUGCCUUUGCAACAGCCUUCAUACUACUAAUGAUGGAGACCCUUAGUGCCUUCCUUCAUGCCUUGCGUCUCCAUUGGGUGGAAUUCCAGAACAAGUUUUAUCAUGGUGAUGGCUACAAGUUCAGACCGUUCUCCUUCGACUUGUUAACAGAUGACUCCGAGUAGUUCAUUUCUACUUCAUGCUUUAAUUUCAAUUCUGCAAAAGACAAACAGUAAGGAAAAAGUACAAUUCAUCAAACAAAUCAGAUACAGAAGCUGAGAGUGGACAUUUCUACAACCCAAUUUUGGCUGGCAAGAAUAUCAUGGUUCUUUGCUUUAGCCUGCAGCUCCAUUACCUUAGAAAUGUAACGUCCCAGCUGAAAAUUUUUGAAUUCAUGGGUAUAUACUAUAUAGGUAUUCUUCUCAAGAGUCAUGGAAAGAUGGUUAACGAGAAGCUUGUAGUUUUCCUUCUGUAGACCUCCCCGCCCCCCUUUGGAGUUUUGUUUCAGUAGGAAUUGUCCAUGACAAUACUGUAGAGGGAUCCGUGCCAUGACAAUUCUGUAGAGGGAUCCAUGCCAUACUGGUCUAUACAAUUACACACCCAUACGCACAUAAGCUGGCUUGGAUUUUGCAUGAAAUAUAUUUGGUUUUUUAGUAAUGUUUGAGUUACAUGCACGAACAGUUCUUGUAGAAAUUAUUCAUUACAGAGAGGAUAAAUAAAUUCAGUUAAAUCUCUA